AUGGCGAGAACUAAACGCAAGACAGCCGCUACAGCCAAGACUGCAAAAGACUCCAGCAUCAAGACCCGAGCACGUAAAGCACCUGGUAGUAAAACGAAAUCAAACAUUAAAGGGAAAACAUCUGCCAGCAAAAAAGAGCCACCAGUAACACCCACCAUUCAAACUAUUUUCUUCUGGAAAGAGACAGACAAAGUGACAGGCUUCCUUUGCCCAUGGUACAAGUCAAAAUUCCACAAAGAAGGAGUCGCUUACCAGUCUGCUGGCCAAUACAUCAUGGCCGAAAAAGCACGACUCUUCAGGGAUACCAAGACGCUGGAGCGCAUCCUUGCUUCCACUUCGGCAGAAGAACACAAAUCUCUAGGAAACAGCGUGAAAGGCUUCAAACACAGCAUCUGGCACGAGAAAGCCUACACCAUCGCUUGCCAAGCGAACAAGCAAAAAUUCCUCCGCGGCGCCAACUCGCGUCGUCUAAGGGUGAAACUCUUGCCCUUCGUCGAUUAUGAACUCGUCUAUGCCUCUCCCGUAGACCAUUACUUUGGUAUCGGGAUUUCAGCUGAAGAAGCUGCAAGCACAGACAGGAAGCUCUGGGGUAGGAAUCUCUUGGGGCAGUCGCUCUGGUGGCCCAAGAAGAGGACCGAGAGCCUGGCUAAUCCGGAACCUCCCUCUCCAGCACAGGAUUUCGAUGUUUCAAUUUUUGAUAGGCCGGGCAGUGGCUUUUGUGUCAAUUGGUAG